AUGCGGGCAAGGGCGCUGUACGGAUGUAGGUCAGCCACCCUAGCCCUAAGCCCUAAUCGCUCGCCUACGCACCAACGCGGGCGACCAACCAAAACUUUGCAAACUCCAUCGCGAUUCUAUCCGCACCGACGACCGUCGACUCGCCAACUUCCUUCCAGCAACCACCGUCGUCGCCAAACCCCAGUCACAACCGUCGAGAUGGCGCAGGAACGUUCCGGAAUCGUGGUCGGUCUGAACAAGGGCCACGUACAAAACCACCCUCUCAACACCCCCAAGACCCGGGUCAGCCGCACCAAGGGCCAGUCUUCCCGCCGCACUGCCUUCGUCCGUGACAUCGCCCGCGAGGUUGUCGGUCUUGCCCCCUAUGAGCGUCGUAUCAUCGAACUUCUGAGAAACACUCAGGACAAGAGAGCUCGUAAGCUCGCCAAGAAGAGGCUCGGUACCUUCUCCCGUGGCAAGAGAAAGGUUGAGGACAUGCAGAGAGUCAUCGCCGAGUCCAGACGUGUGGCUGGUCACUAAAUUCGUUUUUCCUUCCUCUGAAAAUGUGUUUAUUAUCGCCAGAGAACGAGAUAACGAAAUUUAAGUGAGAUCGUUUCGGUUGCUGAGUUGGCGCAUGGAACCAGGAAUUGUUGUCCGUAACAUUCAAUCCGUCAAAAAGUCCAAUGGAAGGGACAAGAAUCAUGAUGCAAUAGGCAUGGACUAAAUACCAAAAUGGAUCUCUUGAAUCUAAUGCAACUGGGAGUUUUUCGGGCUGGUCUUACGGCCUCGGUGACUUUGAACCUAACACUACUUUUAUUCUAUCGGAAUGCUUUCUCUCUGAUCGAUCCACCUGUCACGCGGAUAUAAUUCUUUGCCAACGCUCUUCUGUUUCUCAUCGCUGGCAGCAAAUGCAUUGCGGAGAUUCCGUAAUGUCGUCAACGUCUACCGUCAUCUUUAUGCACUCGACUUCCAUGGCAUCAAGUCGACGGCGAAAGCCGAGCAU